UUGAAGGCUUUUAAGUGGAGGGAUAGUAGCUAUGUCUGGGCGUGGUAAACAGGGCGGCAAGGUUCGUUCGAAGGCUAAGACCCGCUCGUCGCGAGCUGGGCUCCAGUUCCCCGUAGGCCGAGUGCACCGCCUGCUCCGCAAGGGUAACUACUCCGAGCGUGUCGGCGCCGGGGCGCCGGUGUACCUGGCGGCGGUGCUGGAGUACCUGACGGCAGAGAUCCUGGAGCUGGCGGGCAACGCGGCCCGCGACAACAAGAAGACGCGCAUCAUUCCGCGCCACCUGCAGCUGGCCAUCCGCAACGACGAGGAGCUUAACAAGUUGCUGGGGCGCGUGACCAUCGCUCAGGGCGGCGUCCUGCCCAACAUCCAGGCGGUACUGCUUCCCAAGAAGACUGAGAGCCACCACAAGGCCAAGGGCAAAUAA